AUGGCAAACCCUAAGAUGCAAACUCUUCCUCCCUCUCCGAAAGAGAAAUUCCAGGAUGGAUCUUCUCAACCAGUUGCGUCAUCUCCUUCAACAGGUGCUGGUCCAUCGAAAAUGAGUGAGGUCAAUAGGUCACUCUCUAGUCCAGACAACUCUCGUGUUUCGAUGGAAUUGGAUAAAUCAUGUAAUUCGAAGAAGCUAGACAUUCCUAAUCAAGUAGGAGGGCAAGAUCACUUGUAUACAUCACUUAAGGCACUAGUCACUAAAGUUGUCUCUCAAUUGAGAAAAAGUAUUGCAGAUCAUGUGAUUGACCCGGAUCCAAUAUCGUAUCGAUUACCUCAAAAUAAUGCGGGGAUAAAUGUCUCGACCAUUAAGAGCAUCCAACAUCAAUCUUCUUUUGAAGAGAGGCUUCAAGGGUGGCAUAUUGCAGGCAGACGACGAGCAAAUGGAAAAUUAGAUAUGAGCUAUCGUCAUGGACACUCAACAAGGAUGUUUCGCUCAACUGUCGAGGUUGUCCAAUUUAUAAUGGAGGCUAUGGAGACACCGGAGAGUAAUUCUCUACUGGAGCAAGGACCUGCUACUGCAAUGAAGGGUUCAUUGAAGAAAAAGAGAUCUUCUGGUAAGAAAGAAAAAAUUUCUACAUCCAAGUCAUUGAAGAUCUCUAGUGCAGAGAAAACCGAUGUUGAACGGUUUUUGGAGGAAUCACACAACAACCUCCAGAAUAUCUGCGGUUGCAGAUGGGUGGCACCAGGAAGCGAAGAAUGGGAGAAAUAUAUGAAUCCAAGCAGUGAGGAAGAGGAUAAUGCAUCUAGUGAUGAAGAGACUCAUCCCAUGGUGAAGUUAUCGCAGCAAAGCCGCAGAGACAACGUCGCUGCUGCGAGCGAAACCAACAAGAGUGGUAACAACGUCAGUGCCGUGACUAGUGCUGUCAAUGGUGGCGUGGCCAAGGUGAAGCGGACUCGGAGGACUGUGCCGAGAGACACUCCUCCUCAGCGUAGCUCAAUAUACCGAGGAGUCACUAGGCACAGGUGGACCGGCCGAUAUGAGGCGCACCUGUGGGACAAGAACUGCUGGAACGAAUCGCAGAACAAGAAGGGUCGGCAAGUGUAUCUUGGCGCUUACGACGACGAAGAAGCGGCCGCGCACGCUUACGACUUGGCAGCGCUCAAAUACUGGGGGAAAGACACCAUUCUCAAUUUUCCGGUAUCGACGUACGAUAAGGAGCUAGGAGAAAUGGAACGACAGUCAAGAGAAGAGUACAUCGGAUCAUUAAGAAGGAAAAGCAGCGGGUUUUCUCGGGGAGUUUCGAAAUAUAGAGGUGUUGCAAGGCAUCACCACAAUGGAAGAUGGGAAGCUCGCAUUGGGAGAGUCUUCGGAAACAAAUAUCUUUAUCUUGGGACAUAUGCCACACAAGAAGAAGCUGCCGUUGCAUAUGAUAUGGCGGCGAUAGAGUAUCGAGGACUUAACGCCGUCACGAACUUCGACCUCAGUCGUUACAUUAAGUGGCUAAAACCUAACACCGCCGCUGCCGCUGCCGCCGCCACCAGCGGCAUUACUCAACCCAAUACCAACAAUGAUAACACCGAUGUCUUAACCACAAACCCUAAAACCAUCCAAGCUCAGCCUCGGAGCGCCACAUCAGCCCUAGGGCUUUUGCUUCAGUCAUCGAAAUUCAGGGAGAUGAUGGAGAUGGCGUCCCGGGCCGAUGACGCAACAUCGGCGACACCGCAAGAGGAGUCCAGUGAGUCCCUGAAACGCAGCUUUCCAGCUGAUGUUCAGACCUACUUCGAGUGUCAUCAAGAUUCCAACAACUUUGGGGGUGACGGAGAUGACAUGAUCUUCCGUGAGCUCAACACGUAUGUUCCGCCGAGUUUUCAAUGUGAGUUCGACGCAUAA